AUGGGAAAAGAGUUCUCCAACGCGGCUGCGGCCUUCCGUAGGAAGUUCUUUCCUGUCCCAGAGCCAACCUCGGACAGUGGCUUCUCCACUGGUACCGAUGUUCCUCAGUACAACCUCGACACCCACGGAUCCGCCGAGCAAGGCGUCAGUGACAGUAAGGCCCCAGGGAGGGUGUUCGUCGGCGAGGAUCAAUUGCCGGAGGAAGCCGUGCCCAACGAGGCUGCACAAGAUGGUGUCACGCAAGCUGAAGCCAUCACUUUGACAUGGACCAAGACGUCCUUGGCUACUGCCUAUGGCCUCAUGUGGUGCCUCUACCUCGUCAACGCCUUCCAAUCUCAGAUCACCUACAACCUCUCCGCCUACAUCACUUCCGACUUCGAAUCCCACUCCCUCCUCCCCGUAAUCGACAUCGUCGCCUCCGUAAUGGGCGCAGCGACCUACAUGCCCGUCGCCAAAAUCCUCAACCUCUGGGAUAGGUCCGUGGGGUUCAUGUUGAUGGUGGUGUUCGCGGUGUUGGGGUUGAUUUUGAGUGCGACGUGUACUGGGAUUGGGACGUAUUGUGCUGCCCAGGUGUUUUAUAAUAUCGGGUUUUAUGGGUUGAUUUUUUGUGUUGAUGUUAUUACGGCUGAUACUUCGUCGCUUCGGGAUCGAGGUCUUGCGUUUGCGUUUACAUCGUCGCCGUACAUCAUUACGGCUUACGCUGGUCCUGCAGCUGCUGCGCGAUUCUACGAGUCGAACUGGAGGUGGGGAUACGGAUGCUUCGCUAUUAUCCUCCCCGUUGUUGCUGCGCCUAUGUUCUGUUUGUUGAGGUACAACAGGCAUUUGGCGAAGAAGAGAGGUUUGUUGAAGGAAAAGGAGCCCAGUGGCAGAACAUUUUUGCAACAUGUCAAGCACUACGUUAUCGAGUUCGAUCUCUUGGGUGUCAUUCUUCUGACCGCCGGCCUCGUCCUCUUCCUCCUCCCCUUCAACCUCGCCGGCUCAGCCCCCGACGACUGGAAAACCGCGCACAUCAUCAUCAUGCUCGUCUUCGGAAUCGCCUGCCUUCUCGCUUUCGCCGCCGUCGAACACUGGGUCGCUCCCAAGCCUUUCCUCCCGUGGGAAAUGCUCGCGACGAGGACCAUCCUGGGUGCAUGUUUGAUUGAUGCGACGUACCAAAUCGCCUAUUAUUGUUGGAAUGGAUAUUGGACGAGUUAUUUGCAGGUUGUGUACGGUGUUAGUCUUGAGACGGCGGGGUAUAUUAGUAGUAUCUUCGACGUUGUUUCUGGUGUUUGGCUCUUGGUUGUCGGGUACUCGAUCAGGAGGACGGGGAGGUUUAGGUGGUUGUUGCUUUGGUCUGUGCCACUUUACCUUCUCGGUGAGGGAUUGAUGAUUUACUUCCGUCAGCCGCAUUGGUCGGUGGGGUGGAACAUCAUGUGUCAGGUUUUCCUUGCGUUCUCUGGUGGUACGAUGAUUAUCGUGCAACAGGUCGCUGUUUUGGCUGUCGCGGAUCACAACAAUGCUGCCUCCGCGCUCGCUUUCCUCAAUGUCUUCGGUAACAUGGGAGGAGCUAUCGGAAGCUCUAUCUCUGGAGCCAUCUGGACGCACACUUUGCCCGCCGCUUUGCAGCGUCUUCUUCCUGCCGACGUUGUGGACAGUUGGGAGGACAUCUACGAUUCGCUUGAUGUUCAAUUGGGCUACGAGAGGGGUACGGCGGCGCGUGAUGCUAUCAGUGACUCUUAUGCGAUUUCGCAGAAGUGGAUGUUGACGGCUGGUACCUGUAUCAUGGCGCUUUCGCUCUUCUGGAUGUUCUUGGUGAAGGACUUGAAGGUGACCAAGGCGCAAACCAAGGGAGUCUUGUUCUAG